AUGGCUACCUCAUCAUCAAUCGUUACCUUUGAGAAGCCCCUUCCUCAUGUGGGGCUUCCGGACUGGAAAGGGCGCCUUACUGCCUUACAACAUACGGCGGAUACAAGACGCACAGAUGCAUUCCAGAUUCGACAUCAGGCCAGGCAAAUGCGGAAUGAAACCAGAAUCAGGACAGAAUGGGAUACCUAUCACAAUAACGUCCGAUUGGGAGAUAGGAUCUCUGAAAUGGACCGUUGGAGGGAAACAUUGCAAAUGUGUCUAGAUCGAUUGAAUUCGGAAAUGUCUGAACUGAUGGAGGAAAAAGCAGCAACUGAACGUGAAAUGGACACUUUGUGCAACACACCUUUGAUUGUUGUUUCCGAAUGUCUAACUAUGCGAGAUAGCAAACUUGGUUCCGAAAUUACCUACGACGAUGCAGACACUGAAUUAAAAAAGGAACUCUGUGUUAUUGAAAAUAACAAACGCAUGUUAACAGAAAGAUGUCAGACAGCUUGGGAAAAAAUAAAUCGAAUGAAAGAAGUUCAGUUCCAACUGAAUUUGGAUUUAAAUGAUAAAAAAGAAGUUCUGCAGUCGGAUCAGGACAUGCUAACUUUGCAUAAAGAUUGCGCGAACAUCAGUUUUAAGCCAGAUUCUCUGCGGGUUCACAAAAGGGCUAUACCAUAUGAGACUUGGUUGGAGCACACCCGUUAUGUGAAAUUAGUUGCUGAUAAUGAGCUAGCCGAUACGGCUCGUAUGCGAGAGGCUUUAUUUGUGAUGCGCGAAAGGGCUCGUAAUGACCUCCGUGCUCAACAGGAGUGCACCGAAUACACCCUUCGAAAACGUGUUUAUGAAACCCAGAGGGCCAGAAACGAAUUGCAAUAUCAAUCAGAGAAGAUGAAAGAGGAAAUGGAAAAUAUGAUCGAUGAAAUCCAAUCACUAGAACGUGCUUUACAAGAUAAAACUGAUGCUUUAAAACUUUGCGAAACCCGACUAGAAAUUCGCAGCUAUCGCCCUGGUUAUGAAAUGGCUCGUGAUGAGCCCGAUCUUGGCUUACAAGAUGAAGUCAGACAAUUGAGGCAAACCAGACGGGAUCUUACAGACAAAAUGGAUUGCGCCAAAGCGACUUACAAUGCUUUAGAAAAUCAUUUAGUACGUAUAGAUCGCGAUCUUGAUAAUAAAGAGCAAGGUCUAAUGACGGAUCUUCGCUGUAUUGACUUGCGGAUGCGUUUGCGCGAUGGCGGAAUUAAGGCAGGCGCUAAGCAACAAAGUCAAACCGAUCGCAAUAUUCAAUUGACCCGAAUGCAGGAUGAAAUUCCUCCGACAUAA